AUGGCGGUGGCAGCCUGCCGCUACUGGGGGCUGGGCUCGGUGCUGCCAGCCCCCACUCCCCAGGACAGUCUGCGGCUGCAGGGGCUGCACGGGCACCAAGUGGGGGUGAAUCAAUGGGGAGGGGGUUUCCCAGUCUCUCUUUCCACAGCAGCGGCCUCGACAGAGGCGGCCGCCACUCCCAGCGCCAUGCGUCACCCGAGCCCCCUGCCGGAGGUGAGGGAGGAGGAGACCCAGCUGACGAGCGCCCGCCGGCUCUGGGCCUUGCUCCGGGCGGGCAUCCAGGCCACUACGGAAAAGAUGAAGAAGGAAGAGCUGAAGGCUGCCCAGCUGAUCCAUGGUCUCCAGCACCUGCGUCACCUCAGCUUCCCGCAGCCUGUUCGUCACGUUGCCUACAACAGCAGCGCCAGCCUCCUCGUGGUCUUGGACGCGGAGAGCCAGCUGCACCUUCACAAGGAGGACGGCUGGUUCAGCCACAGCAGCCAGGCCCCGGGGCCCAUCGCAGGCUUGCUGUACGCCACCCAGGUCAACAAGUACGUGGCCUGGGACCAGGGAAGCCUGCAGGUGCUGGGCCCAGACUUCAAGGUCCUCUCCAAGGUGCUGGCUCCGCAUGGCAUCCGUUGCUGCCACUACAGCCCAGAGCUCAAUCAGGUGGUGACAGCUGGAGCGGGCAGCCUGUCCACCUGGGCCUUCCGCUAUGGAUUCCGCCAGCUGCAGUGCCAGACCACCGUGCAGCGGGGCCUGUCCCCUCGCGACACCUUCAGCCGGCUGGCCCUAGACACCGGCAUCCCCCAGACAUGCUUUGCUGCCUGCGGCACCGGGGUUGCUGUCUUCAACAUCUCCCAGGGGGAGCUACUGACCUUCCAGAGGGACCUUCACAACAGGGCCAUCACUGACAUCACCUAUUGCGAGGCGGGGGGGUGUGUGGUGACCGCCUCCCGCGACACCACCAUCAAGGUCUGGGACAAGAAGUGGCUGAUCCAGACAAUCUUCGUGGGACACACUGGGCCUGUGACCGCUGUGACCAUCUACCCCCAGGGGCCCUUCAUCCUCUCUGCCUCCCAGGACGGCACCAUUCGCACCUGGAACCUGCAGACCAUUGACCAGGUGGAUGAAGUGCAUGUGACCGAGGUGGUGGAGCAGCUGCAGACGCACCCAGAGGGGGGGUACGUGACCUCGCUGUCCGGCUCCACCAUGGACCUUUGGAAGGUCAACCAGCUCUAUUCCCUGCAUACCCGGCUGGGUGCCACCGUGACGCGCCUCUGUACCGUCGACCUGAGUGCCGUGGGCAGCUUCCCGGUGCGAGUUGUGUGCGCCUGCCAGGACUCCACCGUGCGGCUCGUGGCCGCGCACACCGGCCACAUCCUCUCCACACUGCUGCUGGACAGGCCCUGCCAGGCCGUGGAGGUGGCCUACUGUCUGCCCAAGGAGACCCUAUUUGUGCUGCUGGAGCUGGGCCAGCUCCUGAGGGUGAACACCGCAGUCAACCCCAUGAGCGUCAAGAAGAUUGUGGUGCCCUGGAGCGAGUCGGUGUGGCCCCGUUGCCUGCUCCUCUACAGCCACCUCGUGGACCCCGAGAAGGCCUAUGCCCAGUGGCGGGAGAUCGUGGAGCAGAAAGGGGACAAGAAGUCCUGGACACAUCUCCCGCUAAAGCUGCAGGACAAAAACAGGUACCUGCCAGUUCUGGGGCAGGAGGACGGUUCACUCUGCGUGCUCCAGUGGUUCACCGGGCGCGUUCAGUACCAGGUGAAGGCUCACGGCUCAGAGAGGGUGACCGCGCUGGCUGCCUACCCCCAUGACAGCUGGAUCAUCUCAGCUGGUGGCGAUCGCACGGUGAAAGUCUGGCGCAUCUUCCCCUACAUUGAUGAGUGCCUGACCCUGCUGCUGAGCUUCUCCUGCCAGCACCCUGUGCUGCACAUGUGCCCGCUGGGCUCCACGCUGGGCACCGCCAUCCAGGACCCCGAGAGCACCACCUACAGCAUUGUCCAGUACGACCUGCUGGCCCUGAGCUGCCAGGAGCACGGCCCCGAGGAUGACCCGCUGGAUGAGAUCACAGGCCUAUGCUGCUGUCCCACGCUGAAGCUCUUUGCGUCGGCCAGCAGGGAUGGGUCGGUGAAGGUCUGGAACGCCCAAAACCAGCUACUCAGGCACCUCAAGCUGAACACGAUCCCAGAGAGCCUGGCCUUUGGGAACGAGUGCGGGGACCUGCUGCUGGGUGUGGAGCAGCAUCUGCACCGCAUACACCACAGCAAGUACCUGCCCAGGCUGUUUCUCACCAAGCUGCUGUGCAUGAGCCUCCUAGACCCCGUGCAGGACGCUCCUUUCCCCAUCAGCGAGGGCUCACUGCAGCCCCUUAACAAGGACGCCAGACAACGGUUGCUCCUGGACCCUCGUUCCCUCUCUGUCAAGCUGUGCAUGCCGCUGCUCCCCUGGAAGCUCAAGAAGGAUAAGGACUGCUCUUGGCUGCGCCAGGAGAAGGACGAGGCCUGUGCCCAGCUGGCUGCGAGGGACCAGGAUCUGCUCCUCAUUCAGCAGGGGAAGCUCUCCGCUGCCAAGAAGCCCAGGCUGAACAAGAAGCUGCAGGACGAGGCCUUUGAACGCUACAUGCACCUUGUCUACAGGCAGCUGCCGAGGAUCCAGCUCCUGCACUGGUGUCUGGCAGUGGUGCACCAGGCAGCCAUGCAGAUGAGCGCGUGGGACCCUGUGACGUGCACGGUGACACCGAGCUCCUUCGUCCCCCAGGCUCCCGUGGCAGAUGGGGUUUGCCGAGAGGAUGCCCUGGAGCCUCGCGCAGGCCGGGGCUCACGUUUAGCGCUUCCAACCCCCAGCGCUUCUAGAGGGCUGGAAGACUCCCUGCGCCGCACCUCGCUGGCAAGGAUCCGGAGUCAGAUAUCCCAGGCUCGCCAGGAGGCCGCGGCAGCCAGUGAGAGCCAACACACCAGCAGCCACAGCCGGUCACCUUCACAGCAGAUCACCAAAGUCAACGGCCUUGGCCCCUCUGCAUCUCAGGUCAGCAGUCAGACGUCCAAGGAGUUGCCCCAUCUGCAAGUCCGCAGGCUGUCAUCCGGCUUCCUGCCCAAUUCGGUGGUGGUGCAGCAGUUCUGGAGUCAGGAUGACAUCGAGUCUUCGAGGGAAUCGCUGCAGGCCACGUGGCUGGAAGUGCAACAGGGUCAGGUGGAGAGGGCAGGCCCCGAGCGUGGCAAGGAGCUGCAGGGCGCCGAGGAGGAAGAGGACGAGAUGGCCAGGACAACGGCGAUUCUAGAGAAGAUAUCCGUUUCCCUGCCUGUCCCCAAGUGGAAGGAGGAGUCUCUGGCAAGCAGGCGUGAAAGCACAGGAGCCUCUAGGCCACAGGUAACAUCUGCCACGUGUGCGCCUGUUACCGAGCCGGCAUCCCCGGAGCCUGCCUGGACCUCAAGCGUGACGAGUGUUUUCCUGACACAGCUGGAUGAGUUUGAGCAGCCCCAGGCCUUUCCCUCCAGAGGCGAGAUCCCAUCCUUCGUCCUCCAGUUCGAGGACACAGAAUGGUUCAGGCAGAUCUACCCCGUCCUCAGCUCAAUGGAUUCCCUGCAGGGACUGAGCAUGAGCGGGUUUGUGCACCAGCUCCUGGAGGCGCUGCUCACCGUGGAUUACAGUGCAAAGACGGACAUAGUCCAGGCCAUCCUAACGCUGCAUGAGCAGGUCGGGGUGGAGAACGGCCGUGAGGUCUGCAAGGCCCUGCUGCUCAUCCUGAACAAGAGCGACCCGCCCAAACUGAAGGAAAAGACACAGAAAAAGUUUGUCCUGACCUCCCUGAAUGCCCUCAUGGUCUUCUGCAGAGACAGUAAGGAGCUGCUGCUGGAGCUUAUGGCAUACUUCCUUCACAGUCCCAUCUCCAGCAGGCAGUCCAUUAAGGCUCUUUUCAUAGAGCUGGGCCUGGAGGAUCCGCACGACUAUUUCUACCAGGAGAUGGACUCUUGGGACCUUUCCAGGGAGAAGCCUGUCACCAAGGCAGCGCUGAGGAGAAUCUGCGCACAGUGGCUUGAAGGAGUGAUGCAGGAUUUCCAGGAUCACAGGAGCAGCACGCUGGAGCCGUUCCAGGCAUGGGUGGGGAAAAGGCACUUCCCUGGCAGCAGCCCAAAGGCUAAGAAAGCUGCAGGGAGGAGCAAGGUUUUUCCAUCUGCUGGCAGCUCAGAGCUGUCACUGGGGCCAAUAGAUGCAAUAAACCAUUUCUGUAAAGUGCAAAUGAAGAGAGAUUUGGAGGAUCUGAAACAGCCAAAAUCUGCUGGAGCACAGGAAACCAAGAACACAGUGAUGGCCUUGCCUUUCAUUGGGAGGAGCCAGGCCAUCUUGCGGCUAGGAGAGACCAACACUAUGGCACGAAGGAGACUGUCCCAACGUUUCUACCUUCCGCGCAUUUUUCCACUCCCUUUGUUGAAGGGAUUUGUACAUGCUAUUAAAUUGCCAGUGCCAAGAAUCAACGUGAACCCAUUUCCACCUGAUUCUGACAUGCCAGCUUCACAAAAUACAUUCAUCUCCAUGCAUCAGAAAGUCCAGAAAUAUUUCAUCCCAAAAUUCUCACUUGGAGAUAGCUAUCCCUGAAGACAUGGCUACCCAAGAUGGUUCUGCAUCGGCCUGACUCCCAGACUUGAUAAUGAGCAGAGGCCACUGAAUGCAGAAUGAUAAUGGGCUCUUCUAGGUCUGGCUGUAAGGAAACUAAAUAAACUGUAGUCUAUAUGUAUGGUAAAGAUGGGAGGCCCAGCUGAGAGUUAUACACCAACAACUGGAUGGAGCAAGCCACACAAAACAAAAUGCAUUGGGGAAAUAAUAAAUGUGGAAUCAGGAUUGUUCUA